AUGGCUGCGCGUAGACGGAAGUCGUCUGUUUAUAGAAGAUUAUCAAUUAAAUCAAUCUCAUCACUUCAUUCCCAUACUCUGGAAUUAGUGAUCCCUUCUGAUUUUGGCCGGGAAGACUUAGAAGAAGAAGCAGCCUAUAAGGAACCGAACAAUCGGGUAUUGAAAGAUUUUAUUCCCAUCAAGGUGUUGGGACAAGGGGCUUACGGGAAAGUCUAUUUGGUUCAAGAUAAGUAUACCGGGAAAUUAUUUGCUCAAAAACAAUUGCAAAAACCAACGAUUGAAAUACACCAAAAGGAUGAAAACCAUACCAAAUACGUUAAACGAACGAUUCUGGAACGCCAGAUCUUGACCAAUAUAACCCAUCAUCCGAAUAUUGUUAAGAUUUUUUACGCAUUACAAGAUGAUGAUAAAUUUUACCUUAUUCUUGAAUAUAUCCCUGGAGGAGAACUAUUCCAUCAUUUAACUGCUGCCAGUAAUACUUUGGGCAAUGUGUUUAAAGAAGACGAUGUCGCAUUCUACUCUGCACAAAUGGCAAUGGGAUUAAGACACUUACAUAAAUUGGGUAUUGUUUAUAGAGAUUUAAAACCAGAAAAUUGUUUACUCAACAGUGCUGGACACUUGGUAUUAACCGAUUUUGGAUUAUCCAAAUCAAUCGGUAAUAGUCAUGACGAUAGUUGCACUUCCAUCAUUGGAACUCCCGAAUAUAUGGCACCCGAGAUUUUAAAAGGUGAAGAAUACGAUUAUUUGGUCGAUUGGUGGUCAUUAGGCUGUGUUAUCUUUGAUAUGAUGAGUGGUAAACCUCCUUUCACUGGAAAUAGCCAUAAAGCUAUUCAAGAUAAAAUCAUUAAAAAUAAAAUUAACUUCCCAUUCUACUUCUCCUUGGAUGCAAAAGAUUUAUUAAAUAAAUUACUAAAUAAAAAUAUCAAUAAGAGGUUUCAGGUUGACUCUAAUUGGGAAAGGUUCAAAACCCACCGGUUCUUCCGCAAAGUCAAUUGGAAUGCCCUCGAAUCCCAAAACUAUUCAUUACUUACUCCCCCGAUCGUCCCAGUGAUCACCGACCCCAUAUUGGCUGAAAACUUCAGUGAAGAAUUCACCAGUUUACCCAUUGACGGCGGGGUCAGUAUCAACAGCAACCAAAACACCUCGCCUGACCCCUUCAAAGGCUUCAGCUACACUGCCAGCAAUAGCUACAUAGAGAAGUUUUGUUAA